ACAUUAUUACUAUUUUCUAAAAUGCAUAACAUCACAUAUUAAUGCUACGUAUUUCUAGAAAACAAAACAUGUUACUAUCCAUCAUUUAUCGUACCAAAGCCAAUGACCCCUCGCUCUUAUUCAUUGUUUCGUUCCCUCCAUAUAUUGACUUACCGCUCCCUCUCUCUCCCUCACUUCACAUCUUUACUACAAAUUUCCAGAAGCAGAAACCACAAAAAAACUCCAUUUUUCGAUAAAGGAUACAACAUCGCUUCCUAGCUAGUAUAGUGUUGGCCAAGUGAAAAAAAAAGCAAUGAAAGAAGAAAACAGCACGAGCAGAGCAUGCGAGCGGUGCAAGACGUUUGGAGAGAAGUGUAGCCACAAAGUGAAGAAACAGAGAGGCAAGUUUUACAUCCUUGCCCGUUGUAUCGCCAUGCUAGUCUGCGGGCGUGAGCGUGACCACGACCGAGACCGUGUUUCGAAUUAGACUUUUACCUUAUGCUUUAUUCUCUUCUUUUAGGGAUUGCCCUUUUCACUUCUCCCUCUAGUAUCAAACAUUUGGACUAGCGUUGCUAUUUAAGUUAUAUAUACACAUGAAUAUAUGAAAUUGAUGUAAUGCAUUCGUAGAAAUGCUUUAUUGAUUUGUAAUUUAUGUAUUUCGUUUGGCUUUUUGAAUGGUAACUUCUAAAUAAGUUUGUAGUUGUUCAAAUAACUAAUUAUUUACUCUCUCUUGUUUU